AAAUUCCUAUAUAAGGCAAAUGCUGCCGCAAAGAACCAAAACCCUAGAGCUCACUUCACCGUCUCACCAUCCUUUUAUACAACUUAACUGCUUCUCUUUUUCUCUCUCAAAACCCUAGCAUCCUCUUUCCCUCCUUUCCUCCACCGCCGCUAAUCCAUUAUCGCCACUGAGUCGGUUAUUGAUAUCGAAAGGAUUCAGUACGAUGUCGUCAGACGACGAGAGAGAGGAGAGAGAGUUGGAUCUUACUUCCCCUGAAGUCGUCACCAAAUACAAAAGCGCGGCUGAAAUUGUCAACAAGGCAUUGCAGUUAGCGAUAUCAGAAUGCAAGCCGAAGGCUAAGAUUGUUGAUAUUUGUGAAAAAGGAGAUUCGUAUAUCAGAGAGCAAUCUGGAAAUAUGUAUAAGAAUGUGAAGAAGAAGAUUGAAAGGGGAGUUGCUUUUCCUACUUGUGUUUCUGUCAACAACACUGUUUGCCAUUUUUCUCCGCUUGCUAGUGAUGAAUCAGUCUUAGAAGAAGGAGAUGUUGUCAAGAUUGACAUGGGAUGUCAUAUAGAUGGAUUUAUUGCUGUUGUUGGACAUACCCAUGUUCUUCAGUCAGGGCCAGUAACGGGUAGGGCAGCUGAUGUUAUUGCAGCAGCCAACACUGCGGCUGAAGUUGCAUUGAGGCUUGUAAGGCCUGGAAAGAAGAAUAAAGAUGUAACUGAAGCAAUUCAGAAAGUUGCUGCUGCUUAUGACUGCAAAAUUGUUGAGGGUGUCCUAAGCCACCAGCUGAAGCAGUUUGUGAUAGAUGGAAACAAGGUAAUUCUGAGUGUCUCUAAUCCAGACACAAGAGUUGAUGAUGCAGAAUUCGAGGAAAAUGAAGUGUAUGCAGUGGAUAUCUUUACAAGUACAGGGGAAGGCAAGCCAAAGCUGUUGGAUGAGAAGACGACUACAAUUUACAAGAGAGCUGUAGAUAAGAAUUAUCACUUGAAAAUGAAAUCUUCCAGAUUCAUUUUCAGUGAAAUCAAUCAGAAAUUUCCUAUCAUGCCAUUCUCUGCUAGAGCCCUCGAAGAGAAAAGGGCUCGGCUGGGAUUAGUCGAAUGUGUGAAUCAUGAUCUACUGCAGCCAUAUCCAGUUCUUCAUGAAAAGCCCGGUGAUUGCGUUGCUCAUAUCAAGUUCACAGUAUUGCUAAUGCCAAAUGGAUCAGAUCGGAUCACAUCACAUACUCUGCAAGAGUUGCAGCCUACAAAAACGAUAGAUGAUCCUGAAAUCAAGGCGUGGCUAGCUUUGGGUACAAAGACAAAGAAGAAGGGCGGUGGGAAAAAGAAGAAAGCUAAGAAAGGAGGCGAAAAAGCUGAGGAGGCAACAGAAGCCGAACCCAUGGAUGCAACUACAAAUGGGGCCACCGCCGUCUAGGAAUGUAUCUCUAUAUACAAGUGCCCAUUUUGUUCAGUUUUGCAACUCCAUUCACCUCGUUGUACCUCUUGUUGGUUGAGAUGAUUUAAUAUAGUAGUGUCUAGACAGUGAUCCUAAUUCGAUUUUUUCUUGCA